UAAACAUGUGACAUCAUCACCCAGCGCCUUUGUUGUUAGACGGUAGCAAGGCGACUCUUCAUCCCUUCAGCUAGCUAAAUCUGUCCGUUUUUCGUGAGGAAAAUCUACAUUUACAUUGAAAUGAUUCGUUUUAUGUUUUGACGGAUCUGAAUAAUCCCAAAGUGGGAUCCAUGUUUCACUAGGUCGAAGAAGCCAUUCGCCAUUAAAGAAGAAGUGUGACAGAUCGAGGAGAGUACACAUGUCGUCUGCUGCGGGGUCAGUGGAAAAUGCCUCCAUCAUUUCAGAGAGUGUGGCCCAUGAUGGAAACCGACUAUGGAUAGGCAACAUUGAUCCCAAAAUCACAGAGUAUCACUUGGUGAAGCUGCUGGAGAAGUUUGGCAACGUGAAGCAGUUUGAUUUCUUAUUUCAUAAAUCUGGGCCUUUGGAAGGACAACCACGAGGCUACUGCUUUGUAAACUUCAACACCAGAGAAGAGGCAGAAAGAGCCAUCCAGUGUUUAAAUGGAAAACUAGCUUUGUCCAAAAAGCUGGUUGUGCGUUGGGCGCACGCACAGGUGAGGAGGUUUGAAGGUUUCCGUAAUGAGAAGACGAUGCCUCCGAGCCUUGAACCGUCAUGUAGCGGGGUGGCAGAGGAAGGAGCCGUAACUGCAAACCACCUCAGUACGAGUGCAAAGAUCCGGGCCAUCGAGGCCAAGCUGCAGAUGAUGGACGAGAAUCCAGACGAUGACUACUCAGGCCCAUCGGCGUACGUUUACAAUAAACCACCAGAGAGGAAGCGCUGGGAGCCAUACUCAAAAUCCCACCACAGUAACCAGAGCAGGCCCUUCCGCAAGUUUAGGAGAUGACCCAUCAUUCUGGAGAACCCCCUACCCUCCUCUUUCCCUCCCUACCUACACACCUCUACCCCUAGCUACACACAAACAGACUCUACACUAGAUACUUUAAAGACGAUACACAUCCUGUCUGGGAUUUCAAAGUUUUGAAGUUGUUCGUAAUACUUUGACAAACGGGACUCUUUGGAGGUACUUGCAGCAAUCACGGACAAGAAUUUAAAGUGUUUUUUUUAGCCAUUUUGGGUUACAGCUAUUAUUUCGUUUUGACAAAUGCUGAACCUGACAGCUGUACAGGUUGGAUCCCCCUUAAAUCUAUCUGCUUCCUCACUUUUGCAGGGAUUUAUUGCAGGUGAAACGUAGAUCCAUAAGUCACAUGAUGCACAGCUGCAAAGAAAGAGAAAUUGUAUUAUUGAGGAGUCUAAAUACUGAUUCUCUUUUGUUUUUUUAUGUGUUUUUACGUUCAGAACACAUUAUUUAAACGUGAAAGAGAAUUUUUCUGUCUUUAUACGGGACUUUGGGAAAGAACACAGAUGUAACUCUUUAUCAUGGAGAUGAAACAAUAAGCCACAAGCCACUCAGCGACACUUACUGUAAGUUGCAGUUUUUUCUGUGUCAUGUUGUUUGCUCUAAAUAGUUUGACGUUUUUUUCCCUUGGAUCCAAUGUUUUAUACGACUCCAGUCUUUUUACUGACGUUUUGUGGUGUGUAGAGCUUUGGUAUUUCUUUUGUCACAAUCCCUUUAUUUUGAUUAAAGUCAAUUAAAUAUG